CUGACGUUCAUCGUUCCUGUCUUCGCCACAAAGAGCACAUUUGCAUUGAGACUAAGAGGAUUUACAGUUUACAUUAAGAAGACAAUUUCCUUUGACUCCGAUGCGCAGGUAACAGCUUUCUGACAGGUUAUUCAUCUGAGAGGGAAGUGCGCAACAAUUAUCCUCCCAGCUAUUUCAUUUAUUUAUUACUUAUUUACUAUUUACUUUAUUACUUUAUUUUUUUAUUUUUUAUUUUUAUUUUUUCUUCCUGGACUAUGUAAACUGCUGAAGGACUUUCCCUAAAGUUAACGGAUAUGCAUCCUCACCCAGCUAUGACUGAUUUGGGGACUAUUUGACAAGAUGAAGAUGAUGCCGUUCCACGCAAGAAUCAUGCUCAUCAAAAUAUUGGCACUGAUUCUCUUACAAGGUGUGUUGGCGUCCCCUGUGCAGCCUGAGCGGGACUCCAGGAGCCUCCCGGGCUCCAAGCUGUUUGGCUCCCGGGAUUCACAGCUGUCUGAGGGCGCAAAGUCCAGACAAAAGCGCUGCACCUGUUAUUCCUACACGGAUAAGGAGUGCGUCUACUACUGCCACUUGGAUAUCAUCUGGAUUAACACCCCCGAGCGUACUGUGCCCUAUGGUAUGUCCAGCUACAGAGGACACCAGAGAAGGAGACGCGCCGUCGGAGGACGAACGUCCGAAAGUGACGGGCUAAACACACCACGCUGCAUUUGUGUCGUGGCUGAUAAAGAGUGCCAGGACUUUUGUCUUUCAAACUCCAGUCAAACUCUGUCAAGCAAGAGUCUGCACAGAGUCCCCGGCCUCGGAUGACAGUUUUCACACCUUCCCCAUCUUCUGGUCCUUCUUCUUGGGUGAAUGGACCCUCCUCUCCUCUGCAGCCCCUUCCCCUUCCCACUCCGUUUGGCACCUUGCCUCCCAGGUACACAGUCGAGUGAAGAACUUCGGAGCUGAACACUGCCAACAUUCCUCAAAACUCUUGGAACAUGUUCCAUCAAGCCAAGUGGAUUCAAGAACUCUACAGCAGAUUUGAUGCAGAUCCCUUGAGGCUGUUCCCCUUUCAGUGCCCUCCUGAGAGCAGCGUGGGGAUUACUUUCCCCCAUAUUAACAAUAUUUUAGUAUACUGGCCUUGCAUAUGUCAUGCAUAAGACUAACUCUUUGGUUUCAUACCUGGUGUUGUGGACUACUCUUGGCAAAAUCUGUUAAGCAAUACAAUCAUUUCCUAUCUUUUAAAAAAUGGAAAGCAAAGACAAUUCCACAAAACUGUGAGGGAAGCAAAAAGUUUCCUGAGGAUCUGUGGAAAGCAUGCGUGAGACCUAACAUUGCAAUAUUUGGGCAUUAAAAGCACUAAAAAGUGCAAACAAAUACAGGGGUAAGCGUUUGACCCCAUAUCGUCUGAAUUUAUGUGACAGUAUUAUUGAUCCAUGAAUUUGUCAGAUUAUGUAAAGUCUUUAUGGGAAGUGUUGACUGUUAAGUUUCAUAUAUACUUUUACGACAAGGAUGACCAUACUCCCUGUUAUUUUACAACUGGCAAACAUCACACCUGUAUUUGCUGUGCCCAACUCAAGCCAGUGUAAAAAUGUUCGUACAGUAUUUUUCAGGUGUGUAUUUCUUCUACUUUAAUAGUAAAGUAAAGCUGAUGAUGUUCUAUUUUUUUGUUUCUGACAUGGACAAAAAUGCGGUUGGCAUGUGUUGAAAAAACAAGAAAAAAUGUUUGUGAACAGCUGCACUCUGAAUUUCAUGUACCGUAAUAUUAUAUUUGUGAGUAAUCGAAAAGAUAUGCAGCCUAUUAGUCGAGGAUUAAACGUACUGUCUCUUCAUUGUAUCAAAUUAAUAAGAUGUGCUACUAACUAAAAAUAACAUACACCACCAGCCCCACCAGCAACCCCCCCCCCCCGAAUUUCCUUCUCCCGGAAGGCUUGCGUCCUCCCAUCAGCCAGUAACUAAAUCACUGAAAUACUUCAGUUUCCUUCGACCAGUGCAGAGAAGUGAUUGCACCUUGAGAAAGUUUCAUUACUUUGGAGAAAGAUUUCUCAUUUCACAAAACAACUACAGUGUAAAUUGAUAAUAUGAUUAACAAUGUAGAUAAACGUUUGUGUGGAUAGUGUGUUUUUUUGGCAGGAAACAUGGUAUCUUAGUCAUCCAAACUGCUCGUAAAAUUCCGUAUUUGUUUGGUCACCGUAUGCUGUUUAAAAAUGCUAAAAAACUAAGUUUUAUUACAUUAGAAAAGAAAAUGUAAUGAAUCCAGUACGUGGACAGGUAUUAAUUGGUGGUUCUGAGCUUAUUUGCAGCUACAGUACAUGUCACUGAGAGAAUUAUAUGAGAAUGUUAAGACAAAACAUCGCUGCUUUUUCCUUUAAACAUAUAGGCUUAAACUGGAGUUUUAGUGUUUUUUCUUUCUGUAUUAUCAGGUGCAGUAGGGAAUUUGGUACAUGCACCUGUCGUAAUUGCCACAUCUGUGUGUUUGUUUGUGGGUGAGAGAGGGAAACUAGCUGGUGUUUACACCCAACCCAAGAUUUCUUGUUAGGAGUUGUGUCUGGACUCUGGUUUGGUCACUGUGAAAUGUUAUCCACGAUUAUCUGUUACACAUUUAAUAAGUUCUCUGGCUCAAUAUUGAAUGGUUUGUCUUUUUGGAAGGUGCACUACCCCUUCAACCCAAAGAUCUUAUCUAGAUUCCUCCAGAAUCCUCCAGAAUAACAUGCAGUCUUCUUUCCUGAAGUUUAUUUAAGGUUAAAGCAUCAUCCCAAGGCCACCCUGAUGGAUCUGAAACAUUCCUCUAUUAACAUCUCAAAAUAGACCAGCGGACACUGCACAGGGCUAAUUUUUGCUUCACCGAGAUGGGUACACACAGGCUUGCUUAAACUUUCCAAAAGCUUAGGUUGACAGAGGAAAAGGGUUUUAGUCCCUAACGCAACCCAAUCUCCCAACAGAAUGAGUAAUAGCUAUACUGAUCCAUAAAAACUCAAUUACCAUGUUUUUCUGAAUAAAUUCCCUCUGUAAAUGCAGUAACACAGCUUAAAUGUUGCUACAUGACGAUAUCAUUGUUAGCAUGUACUAUUAAAGUCUUUCUAAAGAACUUUCAUGAUCAAGUCAUCACACAAGACUUAGCACAUGUUUGAUAGUGAUGGUUUGGACAUACAGAAGGAGGAGAAAGAGUGAGGCAAUGCAUUACUCUGUUUGCUUCCAUGCAUGACACCAUGGGUUGACAUGGGUUAUCUACACACUUUUGUACUCAGCUCUCUGUUUUGAAUGGUUACGCUUAUAGUUCAUAAUUAUGGUGUGGGUUAGAAGAAAAUGCAUGGUUAGUUCUUACACGUGUUAAUAUUCCAUGGACCACAUACAGUACCAUCAUCUCUAGUCAUAGAACGUAAAACUGCUAUGUUUUCAAAAUGUAGACCAACAUACAAUACCUAUUACACACUUUCUCAUGAGACUGGGUUAAAAAGUGCAUUUUAGAUGAUAUUAAAGUAAAUAAGACACGUUCACCACCGAAAACAUGGUAGCAGCAGCAUAAUGCUUUGACUCUUUAGGGAAUUUCAAGAAAUUCCCCAGAAAAUAAACUUGGCCUUGGGAUGUGUUGGACCUUCCGACAGGACAUUACAGCUGACCUGAUCGGAUGAUGGUUAAUAGAGAACAGUGUCAACCAGGCACAGUCUGGACAUAGCCCUCAACCAGAAUGACAAUCAAAACGUUUGUUAGUGUAAAUAAACCCUUUAAUUCUCUUGGUUGCAACAAAAUAAUUCUUUGCCACAUAUUAUGGAUAAGUAGUAUGAACCCUUCUGAACUUCACAUUAGCAUUUCUUGGUCAUAUCUAUCACGAAAUCAGACCUAUCUCAUGCCAUUAAAAAAGAAGUCUUCAGAAAGCUGUUAAUCAUUUAAAAAGUCCCUAUAAAUCAAAGUGGAGCAUGGCGUUGAAUAAUUUUGAGAUUAAAAUGAGAGAAAGAUCUAGCCAUCUCAAAUAUGAAAUCAAUUUGAAUAUAACAAUGGAAUCAACACUCUUGUGAAACUUGUUUACUUUGAAGAAGCUAUUUCUACAAGAUCAUCUCUAUUGGUAUGCAUAACCUUCAUGUUUAUAGUUUUCAUAAAAUGUCCUGGAAACCUCUGUCCAAAAGUACGUGAAGAAAAAAAAUAUAUACAAGGUCACAAGUUUUGUACAGUCAUUUUCAAAAGUACCCCUUUUUUUAAAUUUCAAAUGUUUAUCUAUCAGGAUAUAAAUGACCAUAAGCUGUUAAGUCAUGGGGUGUACUUAGUUUUUCACUUUUUCUUUCUAAAUUAUAUCCCUUUGUUCAAUGAAUGAUGACAUGUGUUAUGUGUUCUUCAUCUGAGGUUACAUCUACCACAUUUUAAGGCCUGAUGAAGACCAGAUGAUUUUUUUUUUCUUAAAUUAUUUUUUGUUGUCCUGAUACACAAAACUUAAAACAUGUAAAAGGGGGUACUAACUUUGAAUGUGACUGCAUAUAUUUUAACGGUGUAUCUCCUUUUAUACAAUGUAUAGCAUGUAUCUAUGACUUGUAUAUACAUUCAUGGUUCACAUAUUUAUAUAUUUUAAGAUUUUGA